GGGCGCACGAGCUCAACAGUUCAACUCUCGUCUGACUGGGAGGAGGACUGAAUUCCAAUCGUUCAGAAGCUGAAGCGCGCUGAAGAUGUGAACUYGGGUCUCUUGGUUACUCAAAAAUAUUUAGUCGGCCAGAACCCUGAUUUGCAAGAGGAUUUGGUCAAUCAAAUGCACUCUGCGGCAUCCUAGCUAGUAAUUGUUUGUUGUAUGUACGCGACAGUGAUUGUGUGAUCAUGAUGGCAGCAGUGCUGUCUACAUCCGGGAAACAAUGCCUUCACUCCAUUAUUGUUACUUCGGUCUGAAACUGGUUAGUCUUCAAUAUUAAGCUGGAAGCAAGAUGUCUAACCAAGGAGUUCGGCGAAAUGGUCCGGUUAAACUGCGUUUAACAGUCCUCUGUGCCAAAAACCUGGUGAAGAAAGAUUUCUUUCGCCUCCCUGAUCCCUUUGCCAAAGUGGUGGUGGACGGCUCAGGACAAUGUCACUCCACAGACACCGUGAAGAACACCCUCGACCCCAAGUGGAACCAGCACUACGACCUAUAUAUUGGCAAGUCUGACUCCAUCACCAUCAGCGUGUGGAACCACAAGAAGAUCCAUAAGAAGCAGGGGGCUGGCUUCCUGGGCUGUGUACGCCUUCUAUCCAACGCCAUCAACCGCCUCAAAGACACCGGCUAUCAGAGAUUGGACAUGAACAAGCUGGGCCUCAAUGACAGUGACACAGUGAGGGGUCAGAUAGUGGUGAGCCUGCAGUCCAGAGACAGRAUAGGCACAGGAGGCCCAGUGGUGGACUGCAGCCGUCUGUUUGACAAUGACCUGCCAGACGGCUGGGAGGAGCGGAGGACUGCGUCUGGCCGAAUCCAGUACUUGAACCACAUCACACGCACCACACAGUGGGAGAGGCCUACCAGGUGAGUCAG